UGUUUAUAAUUAUAAACGAGUCCCUAGAUUUUUUCUGUUUAAGCGGUCAGGUACCCCUGCUUCCCCACGCGCAGCAACAACGGUGAAUCAUACGAGUUAAUCGAUAAAGCGAGGCGAAGAACACCACAAAUUCACUUCUUCGCUUAAUUGUAUCAUCACUUUCAUAAUAUAGAGCGUGAACAAAUUCCAAUCGUUAUUUCUCCAUCGUGUUUCUUGAAAUUCAUUCGUAAUCGCCCAUUGUCCCUUCGUUCAUUUUCCACAACAAAUCGAAAUAUAAACAUAUAUAUGUAUGUAUAGGUAUAUAUACAAAUAGACAUAUAUAUUGCAUAUGUAUAUAUAUGCAUACAAUAUGUAUAUGCGAGAUAUCUCUCUUCCAACGCAUGAUUGAUCGGAGAAUAGGAAACGGAAAUUGCGAGAAUUUCAAACCCUAAUUUUUUUUUUUUGGUUUGCCUUUGGCGUUUGUCUAUUUCGAUCCAUGUAUGAGCGGAAACCGCAGUUUUUGACUUUGGUUUUGAUUUGAUUGUAAAGAAAGCGAAGGGUGUGAUAUCUGUUGAGGAAUUUGGGGGUUUAGCAUUUGAAGAUUAGGGCAGAAAAAAGGAGGUUAUUCCAACUGCUGUAUUUCGAAUUUCGGGUGGGAUUAGGGCACGUGUUUCGAUUGAGCCGGAUCAACUUGUGAAAUUUUAGCUUAGUACUAGCAUUGACAUGAGCAUGUAUUGGAUCAGCUGAAUAGAUUGUGGGAUUUACACUUUGUUAAGACGGGAAUUCGAGGUUUUAAAUUUCAGUUUGGGCAAUUAUUUGUUCUGUUUACGAUAAGCACGGUUGAAUCGGGUUUGUCUGGGUUGGGAGGAUUUGUUUGAUUUAGAGUGCAUUUGUUUGCUCUCGGCGAAGUUGUUGUUUUAUCGGGAACUGCAGAAUGAGCUUGCAAAAGGAAGAUGGGAAGUCCCUGGACAAGGGUUCUGAAAAUUCUGAUGUUGUUUCUAGGAAACCUGAAAUAUCCUAUUCAAGAAAGUUCCUAUUAUCUUUGAGUAAUUUGGAUGUCUGCAAGAAGCUGCCAAGGGGGUUUGAUGAAUCAUUGAUAAGUGAAUUUGAGGAAUUUCUGAAAACAACAAAUCAACCCAGAAUUCAUGGGAGCUCAUCAAUGCUGGGUUUCAAACGAAAUGAGUAUGGCUCAUCAUCUCCACCUACUCGGGGGGACUCUGGUAAUUACUCUAAAGGCAUUUAUGGGAAGUGGGAAGGCCGUUCUUCUGGGCGGAACGAUCGAGUUAGUGAUUCUCAAUCUGAGAGGGAUUCAGAUUCUGGAAGGCGUUAUGGCCCUCAAUCUCGACGAUCUUGGCAGAGUCCUGAGCAUGAUGGGCUUCUUGGGAGUGGUUCAUUUCCUAGAUCAUCUGGUUAUGCAUCGGGGUCCUCUGGCUCUGCUCAAAAGGUGCGAGCAAAUGAACAAAGUCAACCUACAAAAAGCACCGAGCCAUAUCAGCCUCCACGGCCUUACAAGGCGGUACCUCAUUUAAGAAGAGAAACUGACUUGCACAACGAUGAAACUUUUGGUUCAAUGGAGCAUACCAGUGAGGAUAGAGCAGAGGAGGAGAGGAAGAGAAGAGCUGCUUUUGAGACGAUGAGAAAGGAACAGCAAAAGACUCUGCAAGAGAAGCAAAAGACUAAUCUGGGGAGGCCCAGAUCUGAUGGUUUCUCAGACCUUUGUGAAGGUUUGAUGGAUAGCAAAGAGGAAAGUGGACUUGUCAGGAAUAGUGAACUGGAGGUUUCUGCUGGAAUUCCCAUCUUGAGCAAUGAUUUAGAAAAAGCACCUUUUACAUCACACUCUCCUGCAUCUAGACCGCUUGUUCCACCUGGUUUUAAACACAAUACCCUGGAGAAGACUUCUGGCUUUAAGUCUCUGAUUCAUCCUACUUUGUCAGAGGUGGGGAAACCUGUAACAGGGGAAAGCCUCGUUGACGCUGAAGCAAACCUUGUUCGAAAUACUAAUGAUCGUUUAGAGAGACAUCUGCCGCAAGAGGUCGGUGUGGUUGAUGGGCAGCCGGCGAAGAAGAUACAUCAUGCACUCCUUUUGAACAAAGGGGAAAAUCGGAAUGGUUUAGAUAUGCUUAUUAAGAAACCUGGCGUGGAAGACCAAUUACUCCAAGUUUCCAGUCAUUUAGAUUCUCAUGGAUCCCUGGAUGACCCUAAAAUUGCUAAACUCAAUGCAGAGAUAUUAGAGGGCAAAACUCUUGGUGAUUCCACAAGAAGCAAUUCAACGUCAAUUUUGGAAAAGAUUUUUGGUAGCACGUUAUCUGUGAAUGAUGGGCAUUCCAGUUCAGCUGAGCGUCACGAUGGUAAACCUGAUGAUACAUGGAGCCCCAGUUCUGCGCAGUCUUCUAAGUUUGCUCUGUGGUUUUCUGAGGAAGAAUCAAAGGCUGCUGCUGAUGUCUCUUCUGCAGGGCCAAACAAUUUACUCUCGAUGAUAGUUGGUGGUGACAAAGCUAAUGGGGUAUCUGAACAAGUAUGCAUUAACAGCAAAGAGGAACCUACCCCGACUGUACUUACAUGCGAAGACCUUGAACAAUCAAUAUUAUCGGAGUACAGUGCAAAGACUACGAAUUUGCAGCCAGUUUUAAAAAGCUGGAACGCUACUGUUUCAAAUACUGAACAACAAAGUGCUCAUGCUGGGGAUCAUGCAUCUCUAAACCUGCUUUCUCUGCUGCACAAGAGUGCAGACCAAAAUAAUACGAGUGUAAACUCUAUUGGUCAUAUCAAUUUGGGUGAUCAACGGCUAGUUUCUCGAGAGCAUGAAUUGGCGACAGCGUUCAACGAUCCUAAAGGGAAAGAGAGUGAUAAAGUUUUACCUGAUUCAGGGAGUACUCUCACACUUGAAACACUCUUUGGAACUGCUUUUAUGAAGGAGCUAAAAUCAGUUGAAGCACCUGUUUCUGUCCAAAGGGGUUCAAUUGGGUCUGCUCGAUUUGAUGCCCCAGAGCCUCAUGGACUACCGUUACCAGUCACAGAUAAUGACAUUUCUUCCACAACAACUGAUAAAGGUGGGCUUCAAAGACCAGGUCACGACUAUAAGGUCUCUUCGAACCAAAGGCAGAAUACAACAAUGAGGGAUGCUGAGAACUGGCUUGUCUUUGAUGAUUCCUCAAUUAAAAGAACUUCAUCAAACCCCAAAAACACUGGGUAUGAAUUCCAAUUGCCAGCAGAGGAGAACUUACUUUCUGCCGGUGAGACUCAGGAUCAUCAGAUGCUGAGGUUUCUGUCAACUGGUAAAUCGAUUAACAACACAAACCACUCUUCGGGUGCACCCAUGAUUAACAUAAUGGAAAAACUGGCAGCAUUUGGUCCUGCAGCAGCUUUUAAAGAUGAAGGUUCAGAAAGACUGUCCUUUCACCGCGAUUCUUAUGAACAAAUGGAGCCUGAUGUUUCGUACCGCAAUCAUCAAAUGCAGCAAUCAUCGCCCCAUUUUCAACCUCCACAAAUGUCUCAAGUGAGGCCGUUGUAUCAUCACUUGGAAUCUCAUCCUGCUCAAAUGAGUCCCCCCAUUUUCAAUCAUGAUUCUCCAGCCAAUAACCAGUUUGCUUCGAAUAUGGCUAGGCCUUCUUUUCAUCGCCCUAAUGUUAGGGUUGCUGGGUUUGAUGUUCCUUCGCAACAUUCAAUGCUGCAUCAGAUGCAAAUGCCAGUCAACCAUUCUCCACAAUUUCCAAGGGGUGGUCCAGUUUCUCGUAAUGGCAUGCAACCAACUAAUUUCAUCCACGAGAGGAACCAAAUGCCAGGUUUCCCUUUUGGCCCACGCCAGCCAAAUGUUGACAACAGUGGGGUUCCAAUGCCAGGCAACACACCGGAAGCUAUACAAAGGCUAAUAGAAAUGGAGCUGCGGGCAAAGUCAAAGCAAAUCAACCCUUUUGCUGCACCAGGUCACACCAGCCAAGGGAUGUAUGGUCAUGAGGUAGACAUGGGUUUCCGUCAUAGAUAAGUUGAUUUCAAUUACACGUGGCGGGCAGUGCAAAAGCUUAUGCUGAAUGCGGAAAAUGGGAUCUCUGCAAAAACGAUUAGCACAUCGGUGGCUAAUUUUAUGGAAUGAAAUUCAUUUCUUGUGUAAUUUGGUAUAAUUUUUCUUUACGAGACUCUGCGGGAGAAAAAAAUAUAAGAGCUCUCCCCCUGAACUGGGCUGUGGAUAUGUGUGUUUGUUACAGUUCAACAGUUGUGCCUCUCCCUUUCCUUUUUUCACUUUCCCUUUUAUGAUGUUUCUCUUUUUUGACU